CUAAGAGAAUAAAACAGCAUUGUCUUCAUAGCUGCAUGAAUUUUUGACUUCUUAGCAGACAUGAUGUCGAGUUUAGGACCAAGGAAAAGGGACAAUGUACCUAAAGUGGAUAAACACAUAGACGACUUACCACAGCUGAGCAACGAGAUGCAGCUGAGCAUCAUGAACAAGGUGAAGCGAGGAGAGCUGUCCAUCGAUGACGCUCUGAACCAGGCCAUGAGGGACAGGAAGGAGCUGCAGAAACAGAAGAGCCAGGGGGAAGAGUUAGAAGAGCAAGAACCCUCCCAGUACAACUUCAGUAUUCACAAACAUGGCCGCUACAGGUGGCAGAAGCGGGUUCUUCAGUUUGACUUCAAGACCAAAAUGCUGUGCAGCAUAGAGAAAGGCAUCAUCAAACGACAACUCCUCUUCUCCAACGUGAAGAGCUGUGAAGAUGGAGCAGGCACCAGGUUCUCAAUUUCCUUUAAAGAACAUCAUGAUUAUGAACUGGAGGCCAAAUCAAUGGAGGACAAAUACAAGAUGAUGGAGCUGCUGAAUCGAAUCAUUUAUGGGAACAUUUACAGUGAUUCGGAGGAGGGAAGUGCCAAAAAAAGUCAGCAGCCUGAAGCAUCAGAGAGCCUUCGGGAGGGCGUCCUGUUGCUGCACAGAGGAGGCCUGGCGUCCUUCAGAUGGGUGAAAUACGAGGUCCAGCUCCACCCGGGUCAGUUAACCCUGACCCCCUUAAAGCGGCGAGCCCCUGCUGAUGGUGAGGUGACCACGUGGGUGCCUCAGUCCACCGUGAUCCACCUUUCAGACGGAGACACCAGCGUUCAGAAACCUCCCAGCCCUGACGCGUUCACUCUGGUUACACCCAAAAAUAACUACCAGUUCAAGGUUCCUGCACCAGAUCAGACACUGUCCCCUGGUGCAGUCCAGAAGGAGCGGGAUGCUUGGGUCCAGGCCAUCGACAAACUCUGCAAAGACUGGAAGAGGAAGUCCAUGGGUGAACAAGUGUUUCUGGAAAAUAUGACAAUCAGAAACAUCAGCAUAGCCGAAGACGUGGAGGACACAGAAGACACAGAAACAGAGCUGGAGUCAAGCGGAGGUUGUACGAGCAUCAUUCUUCCUCCGGUUGAUUAUAGAAAUGCAGAUCCUCCUUCGAGUGCAGGGGAUCAUUUAUCAGCAGGAGACACGAGUCAAAGCCAUCCUUCAGCCGAUUAUACAAAGCUGGUGCCUAAACCUCGCAGCCCAAAAAAGACUCAGUCUCAAGUUACUGAGGCUGAAAAUUCACCUUCUGUGCCAUCUCUGACCUCUCCUGGUGUCUUCCCCUUAUCUUCACCCACCUCUCCUCAACCCUCGCCCCUUCAAACCGCCCCCAAAUCCCCUUUAAUAGUGCCAGAAACCCCCGAAUCAGUUACUCCAGUUGUGAAACCUCCUCGACCUCCUUUCAUCCCCGCCCCGCCUCCUUUACCCUUAAAGUUUGUUCUAAAUCCACGAAAACCUCGAACCAAGGCCUUCCACUGGGACCUGGUCAGCUCAGAGAAGAUUGCAAAAUCAUUUUGGGUACAUGCAGGAGAUGGGAAGAUUAAAAUCGACACGCCGCGCUUGUUGGAGCAAUUUGCCGUUAAAGAUCUGGGGUCGUUCACCGUGUCUGAGACGAAUAACAUGCAGCACAUCAUCCUCAAUGAAAAGAUCGCACACAACUUCAACAUUUUCCUCAAAAGUUUCCCUGUGCAGCCGGGAGAGCUGAAGGACAAACUGUUCAUCCUUAAUGAGGAAGAUGGAGGCCUGUCUGAUGAGCACAUCACCUCUCUGAGGAGGUACAUCCCCACCAUGGACGACGUGGAAAAGUACAAAUCCCACAAAGGACCAGUAUCAGAGCUGCACAUUGUGGACCAGUACAUGAUGGAGAUGUGCAACAUCCCCCAUCUGAGCACACAACUGGAUCUGCUGCUGACUCUGAGAGAGCUGCCGAACAGCAUGAACGAUCUGCAGCCACUGAUUAACCAGAAGAUCAGAAUGUGCACGCAGCUGAACAACUGCAGGUCAUUUGUUUCCGUGCUGGAGUACCUCCUCGCCAUCGGCAAUUACCUCAACGAGAACGCCAGGAAGGAAAAGGCCAAGGGAUUCCGCCUCUCCUCCUUAACUAAACUCUCGCAGCUCCGUGGGAGAGACAAGAACUUCACCUUGCUCCAUGCCCUUGUGGAGCAGAUUAUGUUGCACGAGCCGUGCUUGGCCACUUUUACCCAGGAGCUGGCAGAAUUUGAAACUGUCCCGGGAGCCUCCAUCAAAGGCCUCACCGCAGAAGUAGACGUCCUGAAGAAUGAACUACAGAAAGUCGUUCAGUACAAAAAGGCUGCCAGGAAGAGAAACCCUGGACUUCUUCACCCCAACUUCUCCAAAGACCUGAAGAUGGCAAUUGAGAAAUACAACACGGAUCUUUCUGCACUGACGAAGACGUGUGAGGAAAUGAAGAAACUCUACUCUGUCAUACUGGUUAAAUUCGGAGAACCGGCAGAUCAGGACUCUCAGGAGCUCUUUGGGUUGAUCUGUCAGUUUGUCCACGACUUCAAGAGGGCCCAUGCUGAAAUUAUAUGAGUUAUGGAGGACAUCCUGGUUACCGCCGAGACUGCAGGGAUGCCUAUUAAACAAACUGGAGAUAUCCUGCUGGCUUAGUCACAGCUCACAGAGAUAGAGAUCAAAGAAGAAGAUAGAGCAUGCAACUUUAAAUGCAGUAUUUGAUACUAAAGAUGAGAAAGUUUUGUAUGGGUUUAUAUAUAUUUUGGAGCUGUUUGUUUUCUCCUUCUGUAUCUAUGAGAGAAACAGGUUGUGAUUCAUUGUAUAGACAUUGUGUAUGAUAUGUACAGUGACAUAAAUGCGCCCAGACAACAGGAUGACAAUGUA